AUGUCACGCUUGAGUAAAAAAACUCCAAUUUCAGUAACUCAUAUUAACUCCUUGAAGUCUGGGGCGUUGUCUGCACAAGAAAGCCAGUGUUGUAAUCUAUUCGGACUAAUCAAAAUGUCUCAGUGCAUUUCUUCUGGACCUGUGUAUCUUUGCACUCUACGUAGACGAUUUUUCACGUCAUUAAAUAGGGAUAGCUUCGAGCCUUGA